CAUUGGUUGUCUCGGUAGCUUAGGGGUUAGGGCGUAAACCGGAAGGCCCGGACAGCCACUUCUUUGAACGAAUUUAAUUAUAAAUAUAUUACUGUUUGAGAAGACAUUGAUGUUCGAGACAUGUUGGUUCCCGCCAAUGCCUUUCAAUCGUUUGCUGCAUGUUCUUGUUUAUUGGGUCACAUUCAUAGUAACAGAAGUUGCUGCCAGGAGCAUCCGAAGCCGAUAUCCCAGGCAUGGCGACGCGCGCGCUUUCGUCCGGUGAGUUACGUCUGUGGGACUGAAAUGUAAUUAAAUUUAUUCGUUUGUCUGGAAUACUUGUCAAUGGCAACAGUGAAGUUCGAGCGAGUUGUUAGCUACAGCAGCGAAGAUCCCAAAUAUCCCGCCGAGAACUUAUUGAAAUUUGGGAACAAGUGGAAAUGCAAAAGCCCUGGCGAAGCAAACGCUACUGUCAUUCUUCAACUUGACCAACUUCUUGUAAUAGAAUCAAUUGAUAUUGGAAAUGAGCAUUCGGCGUUCAUCCAUGUGCUGGUUGGGCGGGCAGCAUCAGAUGACUAUGAGAGUCUCUUGCCAGCGUCAUCGUUCAUGUCACCUGGGGAAUCUGAUCAGAGCACAAAUACAAAUCGAGUGCGAAUGUUUACCAAAAAAGACUUUCUGAAACCCACUGCUAAUGAAAAAUGGGAUCGCAUUAAAAUUGUGUGUUCUCAGCCCUUCAACAAAAGAGUGCAGUAUGGAUUGUCUUUUAUUGUUGCAAAAGGCCCAGAGGACAAGCCAAAGCCCAUGAGUUUAGGUGGUUUGAACUCUGAGCUGAAGAAUGAAGACAGUAAUGCAUUUGUGAACCUUGGUCAGGUUCGUCUGAAGAAAGAAGCUGAUGAUGAUAUACAUGUGGAGAGUUUGUUUGCAAAACGAAAGAAGCUUUCUGACACCAUUGAUGACCCUGCAGCAAAUGGGGCAUCUCCAAAGAAAAAUGCAGGUCCCAUAUUAAAACCUACCCUGAGUCCCGCUCAACAGAAGAUUAUGGCAAACAAAGUGGCUGCAAAAGUAAAAGACCCUCCGACAAAACAAACACCAGACCCUCCACCUAAGCCAAAGUUUUCUGCACUGAACAACCGACCUGCCAGCCCUUCUCCAAAGCCUGUAGUUCCUACACAUCCCAAACGUCCUGUUAGUCCUGCGAGGACAAAGGCUUCUACCAAACCAGCAACACAAAAUGCUGCUUUCAAAAUUGGAAAUCAGACAGGGAAAGGCAGCCCAGUUGCUGCCAAGCCAACUGUUCCAUCUGGCGGGGGUAAGCGCCCCUCGCCUGCUGACAGAAAGGCAGCAAAUUCAACAAAGGAAACAAAAAGUUCAGUGAAAAGCAAACCUUUCUCUAAACUUCUGGAAGGAGUAACAAUAGUCAUCAGUGGUAUUACAAAUCCUGCUCGCUCUUUUCUCAGAAGUAAAGCUUUGGAAAUGGGAGCAAAAUACAAACAAGAUUGGGAUUCAACUUGUACGCAUCUAAUUUGUGCCUUCAAAAAUACUCCUAAAUUCAAACAAGUUCAAGGACAUGGACACAUAGUUACAAAGGAUUGGAUUGAUCAGUGCCACUCUAAAAGGAAGCGUUUUCCAUGGCGCAGGUUUGCUUUGGAUAUUAAUGAUACUCGGCAACCUGAGAGUGAUGAUGAAAUAGUGGAGGAAAUCCCACAAGCUUCUACUAGCAGCAGUUCUGCCCUGCCAACUGUGUCUAACUGGGAAGUUGAUACAUCUUCUGGUUGCAAGGCAGAAUCAGGUUCGGACACUGAAGAUGAAUUAGAGAGGUUAGAAGCAAAGAAGGUUACCUCGACUACAUCUUCCUAUAAUCCCUAUUUGUCAGACACUGAUGUGGAAGAUGAUGAACGACCAGACACAUCUGAUUUGCCAAUGCCACCUCUUCCUUAACAAUGGAGAUAACGGGGCAUACGAGUGUAUCUGAGAAUUAUUUAUUGAUCUUCAUAGAUUAUUUUUAAUUUUGUAUGCCUGUACAUUAUUUUAAACUAUGAUUUUUUAUGUCAUAAAACAUUUAAGAUAUUCUUGUUUUUCAUUGUCCAUUUUGCAUUUCAAAAAUCAAGAAUUAUCUUAGAUUAUUGAUGGUUGUUUGGAUCAGUUGGAAAAGUCCUUUGCAUUGAAAGCUCUUAGCAAAGAGUGGGGUUGUGAGACUGUACUGAUAAUGAAGAACAUGUUUUCUACAAACAACUGAAAGUAGCCAAAGGUUGUCAUUUCAAAAUAAUGUAGUGAUUUUGUAAUGGAAACUCUUUAUUUGGUUUUAAAAUAUAAAUUUUAUACUUACAAUGUAUUCCAAUUUAUUUUCCAGUAUCAUCACUGACAUUUCAUUGUAUUGCUGAAUUUGUUAACAUAAAUUGGUAGAUUUAUUUAUUUUAACUUUACCAGGGUGGCUAACAAACCUGAAAAACUGAAGGGGAAAA